AUUAAGAAAAUAACAAAAAGAAAAUAAUUUGUACCAAAAUAAAUGUAAGUUUAAAGACAAGAAAAAAUAUAAUAUUUUAGUAUCCAAUAUAAAUUAUAGCUAAGUGACAUUAUUAAUUUCAAAAGAGGUUAAGACCCAAAGCAUGAUGAAAAUUUUAUGGAAGAGGUAAAUGAGUUUUACAAAAAUUAGUUUGAAGAGAUUUAAGAAAAGCUAGAAUAAUAUCAUUUAUUUUAAAAUUUUGAUGAAAUUGAUCCUGAAUAAAUCAAACAUAAUACAUGUGCUUUAAUUGGAACCAACAAUACAUGGAAUUUUAGUCUUAUUUUUUAAAAAUACGGUUAUGAGAGUAGAAAUAAAUCUAUAGAAUUAAAAGAAUUUAGAUACUGUUAAGCAAGUUAACUAAAAAAAGUUGAGAGAUAAAACUCAAAUCUUAGUAAAUUUGAACUUAGAAUAGUGAAGUAAAUAGAUCCUGAACAUCGAAGUGCUUCUACAAAAUAUGGUGAUUUCAUGAUAUGUCACUUUUUAUGUAGAAAUUAGCUUAAAAAUUGCUCAAAAUAAUUUAAACAAGCCUAAAAUAUUUAAAUUAGUUAAAACAAAGCUGAUAACUUAGGUAAAAUAGAUGAAAAUAAAACCUCUGCCAACUAAAAAUAGAAAACUGACUAAGAAAAAUAAAUUGAAGAUUAUUCUAAUAACUCUAAUACAAUAUAAUUCAUAUAAAAACCUAAGGAAGAAUACCAAUAGCAUUCAACACCAAUUAAUUAAUAAGAAUAAGAAAAUCUGCUUUUUAAAAAUCCAAUUAAAAAUGAAAAAAAAUUCAUCAAUAAUGAUUAGUAAAGGUUUAGAGAUGAUAACAACGAAUUAAUUUAAGACGAUUAAAAUAGCAUGACUAUUAAUUUAUAAGAAUAAGACUAAUAAACUUCCUAAAACGAACGAAUAAAUUUGAAUACAAUUAACAAACAGUAAAACUCAAUGUAAUUUAAUCUUCAAAGUAGCUCAAUUAGUGAAAAAAUAGGUAUAAAUGAAGUUCCUUAAUUAAACAUAGGCUAAGUUAAACCGAAUUAAGAGUUGUCUUUUAAUUAUGAGAAACCAUAAUCAAAUAGUUACUAAAAUAUUCAUAGCAAUUAAAGUCAUAGAGCCUCAAACGGAGGAAAUUUUUAUUGCAAAUAAGAACAUGACUAAUAAUCAGAGAGUCAAAAAGAUAAGUACAUCAGUUAUUUAGAAAAUAAAGUAAAAGAUCUUGAAUUUGAAUUAAACAGAGAAAAAUUAAAAAGUGCUAAAGAAAGCAUGAGAAUGUUUUAUUUAAAACACCCUGACUAUGAGCCAUAUAAAAAGUUUAAAAGAGAUGAUGUAAAAAGUGAAACAAUAGAGAUUGAUUGA